GAUUGCUAUACGUAUUUUAAACUGUGCAAUAACAAUCAUGGUUUCUUGCAUUAUUUGUGGAUGUAGGGAGGAUGAAGUUGAUAGAAUGCAUUACUUUCCUUCUAAUAUACAAAGAUCAAAACUUUGGCAAGAAAUAUUGGGCAUGAAGUUUACUGGGGAAUCGCUUAGGAACUACAGGAUAUGUUCUAAACAUUUCACACCAGAGUCAUAUAUGAAUUUGGCGAGCUACAAGCUUAAAAGGGAUGCUCUCCCCAUUGCUUGGCUAAACGAAGCAUCUACAUCUCAAAGAAUCUAGAGGAAGUCCAAGAGGAAUCCUCAGCAAUGUUGCCUGCCUGUAGUUCAGAUCCAUCAACUCCACCCCAGACUCACAGCAAUCCAGGCAGGACAAGAUCCAGAACGUUUAGGAACAUUGAAAAUUUGUCAGUAAAGGAUUCCUCACCAAGAAAAAAAAAAUUAAUUAAAAUCAUCCACAAUAGAGAAGACCAUUUAAGGAAGAUCAAGAAGCUAUGCAAAAAUAGGGCCAAUGACAUAAAAGCAUUGACCAAUCUGUCAGAUUCCAAAGUGGUACAAAAUCUUUUUCAAGGGAUGUCGUCAGUGACCUCAAAUUUUUUGAUUUCACAAAUAAGAAACUUUAAGGUCAAAGGCUCUAAAGGCAGAAGAUGGACCCUGGAUGACAAAAUUCUUGCUCUUUGCAUCUUUAAAAGAAGUCCCAGGUGCUACAAUUUGCUGAGAAAAUUCGUUGCCCUUCCAAAUAAAACAACCAUACUAUCUUUACUCAAAAGGGUGCCAUUUCAAGUAGGCAUUAAUGAGCACAUCUUCAAAAAUAUCAACGAUAGCCUCGCCCAAGGCAUUGAUAGAAGUUGCGCGCUUCUUUAUGAUGAAAUGGAUAUCCAGGAGAAUGUGCAGCAUGAUGAGGGUGAAGAUAUGAUUUUUGGUUUUGAAGAUUUUGGAGGUGGAGUCAAAUCUGGAAGGACAAUGAAACCUGCAAACAAGGCCUUGGUGUUUAUGCUAGUGGGACUUUCCCACAACUGGAAGCAACCAGUAGCAUUUUAUUUUAGCUCCAAUGGUUGCAAUUCCACAACUCUUAAGGAAUGCUUAUUUGAAGUGCUCUAUGCAGCAAAACAUUAUGCCAAGGUGGAUGUUGUCACAACGAUUUGUGACAUGGGAGUAUCCAAUGUGAAAUGUCUAAAGGAAUUAGGUGUUACAAUUGAAAAACCUUCCUUUUCCUUUGAAAAUGAACAAGUCUUUGCCAUGUAUGAUCCACCUCACCUCCUUAAAUGCUUCUAUUCAUUGUUCAGGAAACACAAUGUCCUGAUACCAAUAACUUCCAGUGAUGGGUCUCAAUCAAUAAUGGAAGCCCGAUUUAGUGAUAUAGUCAGAGCACAUGAGAUAGAUAAAAAUAAUCCUCUUAUAUUUAGAAGUAUGCAUAAAAUAAAGGAAACACAUCUCAAACCCAUUAUGAGAUAUGCCAUGAAAGUAUCUGUAGCAGCUCAAAUGUUCAGUCAUACUGUUGGAGCCUUUCUAUACUCCUUGAUAAGUUCAGGAGUUGUUGAAUCCAGAGUAAUUGCUACAGCCACUUUUGUAAAGGAAGUUGAUACCCUGUUUGACAGUUUCAAUGGCCGAACAAACAGAGCACCGGAGGGUAAAGAUCUUCGCUGUGCAGUGACAGAUGAGUCUCUGCAUCUAAAUUACUGGGCAGAAGCUUAUGAAAAAGUAAAGAGUUGGACUUUUAAAAGGCUUACUAAAAAUGGCGCAAUAAAAACAUCUAAACCUCCGUCGCAAAUAGGGUGGCUGACAUCUUUAAAUGCCAUCAGAGGAGUGUGGAAUCACCUAAAGAAUAAGGGUUGCUCCUUAUUAAGACCAAGGUCCUUAAAUCAGGAUCCGUUAGAAAAUUUAUUUGGAGCAAUAAGGUAUGGUUGUGGCAGCAAUGAUAACCCAACAGUGAAGCAGUUUAUUGGCAGCUUCAAAACUCAAAUUUUAAAUGGCUUGGCAAAUAAAGCCUUUGCAACGAAUUGUGAAGAAGAUGAAAAUGUGCUUCUGACGAAUCUCAAGCAAUUUUUAAAUGUUGAUGGAGAAGGAGGGGAGCCAAAAGAACAGGAAAUCAUAAUAGAAUCUCCUGAGGACUCAGUUUCAGAGGCAACAUCUGACGAUAUUGCAGCUGCUGUUUCGUCUGGCAGCCCAGAUGUCUUUUCUGUAGCCUAUGUUGCUGGCUUUAUUAUGAAAGGCAUUAAGAAAAAAAUUAAUUGCAAAUUAUGCAAUGUAAAAUUAGCGUCUGAAAGUUUUGAAUUGCAUAAUAUUUAUAUAUAUAACAAAGAAUGGUCAGAAAAGAAGAAUUCUUUGCUAUAUCCUAGUGAAAAUUUUACUGUGGCUGUUGGAAAGGGCAUUGUGGCACUAGAGACACUUUUGGAUAAAUGUGCUUCAAACAGGAAAAUUUUAUUGACCUGUCAAAAUGAACUUAAGAAUAAAAUUGAUUUUGAAUGGCUAUUGUGUAGCAAACAUAAAAAUAAUAUAAGAUCAAUAACCAUUAAGUCCAUUUGCAAAAUUGGAAUUCCUUGGUGGUGCAAGAGAAAAAAUCAAAAAAUUAAAGAAAUUCGUAAAGAAAAGCGAGCAAAUAAAAGAAAAGUUAAGAAGUUCCACCAUGAAUAA